UUACACAUGUGAAUAUACGUUAAGGGAUAGGCAUCAAUUGGUAGUUGUACAGGAAGGAUAAAUCAUAAACUGUGAGGAGAUUAAAGCCGGAUCGCGAGAGCGUGAAUAAAGUGAAUCUACGGAUUACUUUUCACAGUGAAAAAAGAAAUCGGAUUCGAGUUGUCGAGAGUUCUUUGCGAUCUGUAAGAACGGGAUUCGAGCAUCGUACGAGGUUCAGCUGUUAUGGACAUGGUGAUGACGAAUUUGCAACAGCAACGCCAAGUGACGGAGCAGCUGCGUCGCGAAGCAGCCUUGAAGCGGAUCACGGUGAGCAAAGCCGUCGAAGAUAUCAUGAAGUACAUCACCGAGCAUGAGCAGGAGGAUUGCCUGUUGGUGGGCUUCUCAUCGCAGAAGUCUAAUCCCUUUCGUGAGAAAAGCACCUGUAUCAUACUUUAAACCAACAUGCUUGAAAUGAGGAAGAAUGACACAGGAGAGACUAACGAUAAUAUCACUUUUGCAUCUUUGUAAUUGCGCAUUAGUUCGUU